CUCUCUCUCUCUCUCUCUCUCUCUCUCUCUCUCGUCUCUAGCUUUCAUUUGUUAAUACCAGAGACUCUGUUGCAUCAGAUAUGGUGGUGGUGGAGGAAGAAAGAGGCAUAAAAGAAGGGCUUUUACAGCUCAAUGACCAAAACGACGAUCCUGAAUGUCGAAUUACAGCUUGUGUUAUCUUUAACUUUUGGUGUUGCUACUGGUUAUACAUCAGGUGCUGAGAUAGAACUUAUGAAGGAUUUAGAUCUUUCUAUCGCGCAAUUUUCAGCGUUUGGCUCAUUGGCCACGUUAGGAGCUGCAGUUGGUGCACUGUUCAGCGGUAAAAUGGCUAUGGUCCUCGGCAGAAGAGGGACAAUGUGGGUCUCAGACAUCCUAAGCAUCACUGGUUGGCUUUCCAUCGCUUUCGCUAAGGAUGUGAUGUUGCUGAACUUCGGAAGAAUCUCCUCAGGGAUAGGUUUCGGCUUGACUAGCUAUGUGGUACCUGUCUAUAUAGCAGAAAUUGCACCGAAACAUGUCCGCGGUACAUUUACCUUUUCAAAUCAGCUUCUUCAAAAUGCUGGACUCGCCAUGGUUUAUUUUUGUGGGAAUUUCAUGACUUGGAGGAUGUUGGCUGUAUCAGGUGCUUUACCAUGCAUCAUUCAAGUAAUCGGUUUAUUCUUCGUACCAGAGUCCCCAAGAUGGCUGGCAAAAGUUGGUACAGAUAAAGAACUAGAAAAUUCACUGCUUCGGCUUAGAGGGAGAGAUGCUGAUAUUUCACGUGAAGCCUCCGAAAUUAAAGUUAUGACCAAAAUGGUAGAAAAUGAUUCGAGGUCGAGUUUUUGUGAUUUGUUCCAGAGAAAAUAUAGAUACACCCUCGUGGUAGGAGUUGGGCUAAUGUUGAUACAACAAUUCUCAGGAAGUGCUGCUGUAAUCUCUUAUGCAAGUACCAUUUUUAGAAAAUCUGGUAAGAUUAAGCUUUUGAUUCUUUUUAUAUAGACACGUCACACAUAUACAAAUUGAAUCUGCAAGUGAUGUAUUUGCAUAGAAUUUCCAGUUUUUAUAAGAUUUUUUUCAUUACUUUUGUGGAAGAAAAUAUCUUAGUAAAUAUUUACCAUGAGGUUCCUCUUUCCAUUUACUUUUUGGUUAAAAUUUAUUUCUCAAAAAAAAAAAGAGUAUAUAAAUGUAUGGAGGAGAGUAAAAGCUGAUCAAAAUAAUAAAAUGGAAAAACAGAGCACAAGCUGAAGAACAAAAAACAGGUUUUCCAACUUUUUUUUUUCUUUGCUUAGUAAUUUGUUUUGAGUU